AAACCCAUCGGAAGUGCUCUAAAGCCACUAAAUUGGACGGCUCCGGCUACAAUUGCUGCAGAGUGAUGAAUAGGGGACGGCUUUAGUAAGCCAAGUGUCAGCAUGACGAACUUGGGCGUCAUUCUAUGGACAGACCGUAACCAGCUUAGAAAUACAGAGAGAUGACUCAAAGUCGAAUUGCAGUAUUUAGAGGACCAUUUUUCAAAGCUGUUAGUAUCCGUCGCAAUCCGGAAGCCAGAUUUUGCGUACGGGCUCUCUGGACAACCAAAUCCUAUUGACGAACCAAGAAGAAUCACCUUUGACUGUGACCAAACAUGGCCUCUCAUGCCACGGAUGCCAUCGCCGAGCACGGGUGGACCGCCGUGCCCGCCGACGCCAACUCCAUUUUCAAAGGCCGACCCUACCUGCACAAGCCGAGCCCGCUCCUCGCCAAAGACAUCCACUUCCCUUCCGACGACCCCAUCGUAGCCAAAGUCCAACAGUACGCCCGGGAGAACCUCCCUCCGCAGACGUACAACCACUCGAUGCGCGUCUUCUACUGGGGUAAAUGAAUAAACCACCCGUUUCCAUGCUCCUACCCCCCUUCCCCAAAGUUCCCGAACCAACCUAACACCACCCAUCCAACCCAGCAACGGCAAUCCUCACGACGCAAUUCCCCUCGCACGCAGAGACGCUCUCGCCCUCCACGCUCGCCCUGACAGCGCUGCUGCACGACAUCGGCACGGCGCCGCACCACCUGCGCUCGACGCUGCUCUCCUUCGAGUUCCACGGCGCCAUCACGGCGCUACACCUGCUCUCCUCGCCGGAGCACGGCGCCCCCGCCGCGCAGGCGGAGGCCGUGUGCGAGGCCAUCAUCCGGCACCAGGACCUGGGCGCGCAGGGCACCAUCACGCUGCUGGGCCAGCUGAUCCAGCUGGCGACCGUGUACGAC